AGUCGUUCAGUCGCCGGGCAGCGCUUGAAAAUGUGAAAACGUCGACUCAAAUUCGUGGGCAGCUAGAAGGCAUAGUUUGGUGUUGCCGUCGUUGUGCUUGAAUAUAAAAAUAGUUCACAAUCAAAUGAAACAAGUCAAAUUCAAUAGAAAAUCCUGCAAAAAAACCCAACUCUAUCUGUGAUUAUAUAUACAUAUAUAUAUAUAUAUAUUUACAAAACGUACAAAGUUCCCGAGAAAGCAAUAUACACAUAUUUAGUAUAUAUUUAAUAUACUUAGCAAUUAAAAUUGAAUAUUAAUUAUUGUGCUGCGCUGAUAAACAAAGCAACUAGAAGUGUUAUUAUUUUUUUUUUUUUUGUUAUGUCUUAUUUGAUUUGUUUGCUGUAUAUAAGCCAAUAAAAAUAUCAACCGAUCAGUUAAAACUGAGUUAACAUGAAAUCCACAAUUUCGCUGCUGCUGGUUGUCAUCUGCACCGUCGUCCUGGCCGCCCAACAGAGCCAGGCCAAAAAGGGCUGUCAGGCCUAUGGGCACGUCUGUUACGGCGGACAUGGGAAGCGGUCCUUGAGCGCGUCGGGCACCGGCUCCGGCAGUGCUGCGUCUGCCAAUGUCGUUGGCCUCGAGCAGGAGUUUGUGCGUCCAAAUGGCCUGCUGCCAAUGCUGGCAGCUAAUGAACAGGCGCCCGCCAUGCCCGAACCGGAAUUCGACGAUUAUCCGUCGCGUCAAGUGCUCUAUAAAAUAAUGAAGUCGUGGUUUAACCGCCCGCAUCGACCAGUACCUCGUCUAGGUGAGCUGGAUUAUCCGCUUUCAAGUUCCGGCGAGAGUUUUAACCGCGAAGUUGCGCUCAACACGCUUAACUAAGCUCAAAAUCCAACUUGGCAUUAACUACAGCAUCAAUUGAACCAAAUGAAUCACUUUCCCAAGCUGCAACAACAACAACAACAACAAUUGCUUACACAGCAACAACAACAACAACAUUAUCAACUACUUAUUAAUGUUAAUUAAAAUUGUUUCAUAGGUGUCUACACAUAGCGCAAGAAAUUUUUCCUAAAUGCAUAAACUGUGAAAAUUGAAAAUUAACUGAAAUUUUUAAGGGCUGGUAAAAAUUUCGGUGUACAAAAUAAAAAAAAAAUAACAAAAACGUUUUCAAUAAAUCACAAGAAAAAUGCUAUGGCAAA